CGACGAUGAUGACGACGAAGAGGAUGAGGAUAAUGAGGAUGGUACAGUCUUCAGGGCGAUACCGUGUCUCUGCUAAAUCAGUGAGUUAUACAUCAGUGACACACUUUAUCUCACUUCUGGAGCUCGAACACGCUUUUUAUGAUCGACUGCUUGGAUUUGGAGGUUAGUUUGUGGGCUAAUAGGCCUCUUCCGGAAAGGGUGAAGAUAGUGGAAGUUGGACCCCGAGAUGGUCUGCAGAACGAGAAGAGCAUUGUUCCAGCUGAGGUGAAGAUCCAGCUGAUUGACAUGCUCUCAGAGGCGGGACUUCCUGUCAUUGAGGCCACAAGUUUCGUCUCACCUAAAUGGGUCCCACAGAUGGCUGAUCAGGACGAAGUGAUGCGAGGCAUCAGCAGGAAGCCCGGUGUGAAUUAUCCGGUGUUGACGCCUAACCUGAAGGGCUACAGAGCUGCUGUGAAGGCUGGCGCAAAGGAGGUGGCGAUAUUCGGCGCCGCCUCGGAGCUCUUCAGUAAGAAGAACAUUAACUGCUCGGUGGAGGAGAGUCUGCAGCGCUUCGAGGAAGUGACAUCAACAGCCAAACAGGAAGGAAUCCCCGUACGCGGCUACGUGUCCUGUGUCCUAGGAUGUCCUUACGAAGGCCAAGUCUCACCAGUGAAAGUAGCCGACGUGGUGAAGCGCCUGUACGCCAUGGGCUGUUACGAAAUCUCCCUGGGUGACACGAUCGGAGUCGGUACGCCGGGCGGCAUGUCCGAGAUGCUGGAGGCGGUGAAGAAGGAGGUUCCGGUCGACGCUCUGGCUGUUCACUGUCACGACACGUACGGCCAGGCGCUCGCUAACAUCCUGGUCGCCCUGCAGAACGGCAUCAGCGUCGUGGACUCGUCGGUGGCAGGACUGGGUGGCUGCCCGUACGCUCAGGGGGCGUCUGGGAACGUGGCUACUGAGGACGUCGUGUACAUGCUGCACGGACUCGGGAUCCAGACGGGAGUCGACCUGCAGAAGCUGAUUGACGCCGGAACGUUUAUCUGCCGCUCUCUCAACAGACGAACCGGUUCCAAAGUUGCUCAAGCUACGUGUAAACUGUGACCUCGAUCCGUUCUGUGUGUGUGUGUGUGUGUGUGUGUGUGUGUGUGUUUGUGUGUUCCCUCAGGCCUAAUGUACUAACCACUGUGCCAACUGGGUAAUGUUCAUCCUGACAGUGUUGACCUUAACUCGAAUCAGUCGCUCUCUCGGAAUCUGCCACUUCCUGCUGAACAGGAAGUACCAUUAUCCCAGCAGAGCCUGAUGAAUGGAUGUAUAUUGUGUAGACAUAUUGUGUAAACUGCACCACACACUCACACUGUCUCCAGCUGAUAGACACUUUCCAUUUGGUCAAAUAAUUGAAGGAAGCUGUUUGAAUCAGUGGCUUGGUUUUCUCAUGGAUCAGUCUGUAAUCACACACACACACACACACACACACACACACACACACACACACUCUACAAGUCUGUUUAUUAUGGAAGCAUGUACAGAGACUGCUUCUUGUCUGGAUGCCUCGGAUUUGACAAGUGUGUGUGUCAGAAAGAGUGCGUGUGUGAGAGAGAGAGUGUGUGUGUGUGUGUGUGUGUGUGUUGCUGGCUGGCAGCGAGUUACAGUCUGUUAUAAAUAUACAGAAGCAUGUGUAUAAACUGUCUAGUGUCUUAGAAUACUUCACAAUGCUUCAAUAUUCUCAUUUUCAUCCUAUAAUGUUCCUAAAAUGACACACACACAUCAUUUCCUGAUAAGACACUAACACCUUUAUCUGUUCAGUAAGAAGAAGCGUCGAUAUAUUUUUUUUCUUCCCGGUUCAUCAGAUCUGCUGAUCCACAAUCCGGUCCUGUUUCGAGCCCUAAUAUGGUCCUGCAAAGAGCUGCAUCCUUUCCAGAAGCCCUUAAGGAAGUUGGCUCUCACAUUAAUAUCGCUCGGUACUGCCGAUUACAGAAAAGUCCUUCUACUACAGACAGCACGGAUGGAUUCUCGAUUCUGAUUGGAUCAGACAGUGCUGAUACUUUACUAAAAACGAUUACAAAAGGAUGUGUAAGGAGCCUCCAGUGUCCCUGACAAAACAUGGACACUGGAGGUUCCUUACACAUCCUUAACUCUCACUCGCUCAGUCGUAUAAAUUUACAUAAAAAAUGGAUACAACUGAGCGAGUGAGGGUUAAGGGCCACGAUCAGGGGCCCAGCAGUGGCACCUUUUUGUGGACCUGGGAUACAAACUCAUGACCUUUCACUAGGUAGCACAACACUUUAACCGCUAAGCUACCACAUCUCCUUAUUAACUAUGAACGUUGAAUUUAAAAACGUUACAACAUUUAAACGUAUCUCUAAAGGGAUAAAAAUUACAUUUCAUUCUUUAAUAAAUUGAAAUUAAAUUGUAAUCUUUGGCAAAUGGCUGCGGUACAAGGGCGAUAACGUACUUCAGGAAAUGCGGGAAAAUAAUCAGCUUCACAUUUAUAAUCCAAAUUUCCUACCUUUUUUUUUUUUUUUUUACUUGCGUUACUAGCCGACCGAUACAGCAAUUAAAUCAAGAACGCAGUGAGGAACUUGAAGCCUCUGUGGAAUGAGAAAAGCCCUCGCUUUGGGGUCGGUCUCUAAAACGACGUUUCUUGAAGCAAACGUUUGACGGAAAAGACGGAGCAGGACGGACUUUCUGUUUAAUUUAUUGCUUUAUGACCGCAUCGUGGUCGCGGAGGCUUCAUGCUGCUGAUGGAACGUUAGGAGAACGUUUGGACAACGUUGAUAAAAGACCUUUCUGUGCACUGAUCUUCUACAGUAUACGUUUGAUCGAACGAUAGAUAUACUUGAAUUGUGUUUGUUUUUUGUUUUUUUUCAUCACUUAUCUACAUCCUUUAUUUGCUAACUCGAUUUAACGUUCAAAUAAAUGGUGGUUGUGUAAUAAGUU